CUAAGUGAAAUUAAGUUUCAGGCCUCACUGGAGGCCUCAACCGAGGCAAAAUGUCGCUGUUCUCGAACCUCAAGGAAAAGCUCUCUGCCAAGCUCGAUGAGUUUAAGACAGCAACAGUGCCAGGAGAUCCGCUGGAGAAGCAGGCAUUUGAGCUUGUCCAAAAGGCCACGAGCGAGACGCUCAUCUCUCCCGACUGGAAUGCAAACCUCUCCUGCGUCGACUUUAUCAACUCUGACGUCCGGCUUAGCAGCGGUCGAGUUUUGAGGGCUCUGAAGCAGAGCAUGGCCAAGCCCAACGGCAAGGUCCAAAGUCUCACGCUCACGCUUCUGGAGACUUGCGUGAAGAACUGCGCCGCUGAUUUCCACGCGCACCUGGCGGCCUCGGAGCUGUGGCACGACCUGCUGACCAUCGCCUCUGGUGCCGCGGUGCCGCCGGUGGACGCCGAGGUGCGCGACCAGGUGUUGGCGCUGGUGGAGGACUUCGCCCGCGCCCUGGCGCCCGCGCAGUUCCAGACCGCUUACGAGGCCCUGCUGGACCAGGGAGUCAACUUCCCGGCGCGCUCGGUGGACGACUCGGCGCCCUACCUCACACCGCCCGCGGCGGUAGGCGGCGGAGCCGCGGACACGGGACCCGCCGCAGCCGACGCCGCCGCCGCCGCCGACGCCGCCGCCGCUGCUGCUGCUGCUGCCGCGGUGGCAGCUGCAGGCGGGCCGGACGCGGGUGUGGGUGCGGGCGCUGAGGACCCGCUGGCUGGCGUGGACGAGCAAGACCGGGCCGCCAUCCAGGCGGCACUGGCCGAACUGGAGCUGGAGGCGCAGGCGGCUCAGGACGCAGAGCGUGUGGCGGCUGAGGCGGACGCCGAGGAGAGGCGGCGGCUGGCGGCGGCGCAGGAGCAGCAGCGACAGCAGGAGCAGCAACAGGCCGAGACGGCGGCGGCAGCUGGCCUCAUCUUCGCAGCGGAGUCAGCCACGGCGGCAGCGGCGACGGCAGCAGCGGCGACGCAGGCGGCGCACGCACCGCACGCGGCGGCGCCAGGGGCGGCGCAUGCGCCGCAUGCGGCGGAGGGCGCUGGCGCGGUGGCGGCGGGAGGGGAGCAGCAGGAUGAGGAGGCGUCGGCUGCGGCGGCCGCGGCGGCCGCGGAGGAGGAGGAGGCGCGGGAGACGCCGGCGGAGCGGGCGACCAAAUUGAUGGAGAUGUGCAGCAACAGCUGCCUGCUGCUGAGUGAGAUGCUGGCGGGCAUUCCCGACACGGAGCCGCUGGGGGUGCGGGAGCCGUACGUGGCGGAGCUGGCGGACCAGGUGGUGCGCCUGCGCAGCCGCCUGGAGCGGGUCAUCGGGGGAGGCGGCCCGGAGCUGGAGGAGGCCCUCCUGGCCUCCGCGCUGUCACAGCAUGAGGAGCUCAGUCGUGUGCUGGCCCGCCACGACGAGCUGCUGGCGGCGGCGGAGAGCAUCGCGCCCUCGCCGCCGCCGCCGCCGCAGCCGCGACAGCCGCGCCAGGCCGUGCCGCCGCCGCUGCCGCACGAGGCGCUGCCGCCGCAUGCGCACCAGUUCCGCGGCAGCUCCGCCGCCGGUGGGUCGGCUCCAGGCGCGGCGGUCAGUGAGCCGGACGCCCUGGACGUGGCCAGUCAGAAGGUGGCGGCGGCGGCGGCCGUGAUUAAGGAGAAGGUGACGGGCGCCUUCGACAAACUGGCGGCCAGCUGGGCGACCUACCGCUCAGGCGCAGCAGCCGGCGGCGCCGCCAGCGGCGCCAGCAGCAUGCCGCUGCUGGGGGCAGCCUACGAGCCGGCGGCGGGCGCCAGCCCCGGCGGCGGCGGCGGCGGCGGCGGCAUCUUGCACGACGGCGGCGCCUCCGGCGGCGGCGGCGGGCACUUCACUCUGGCGGACGAUGAUGAGGAGGCGGAGGAGGGCGGCUCCCUGGUCGCCAAGCGCACAGGGGGGCCGGCGGCGGCGCUGCCUCCGGCGGCGGCGGCGGCGGCGCCGCUUCCGCUGGCGCCGCCGCUACAGCCUGUGUCCUCGGUGCAGGGCCCAGACCUGAUCAACUUUGACGACGAACCCGCGGCGGCGCCGGCACCUGCAGCGGCGGCCGACCUGCUCGCGCCGGCCGCCGCGGAGCACGCUGCGGUUGCGGCGCCGCCGCCAGCGGUUGGCGGCGGCGGCGUGAGCUGGGCGGUUAGCAACAACGACCAGUUGGUUGAGGCGCUGGACCGACUGGUGUCGGCGGAGAGCGGCACGCCGCUUGCGGGCGCCGGCGGCAGCGGCGUGGCGGCGGCGGCGGCGGCGGUAGCGGGGCUGGCCGGCCUGGCGGAGGUGCCUGCGGCGGCGGCCGCCGAGGCGGAGGCGGCGGAGGCAAAGCCGGCGCACUGAGGCGUGUUUGGUUGGGUUACGAACUCUUUGGCCUUUGGAGGGCCCUUCAGCAUGGUGUUGGGGGGUGUGCGGUGGGCACACGCACUCUGCCGCGGUCAGGGCUUUGCGGAGUCUGUGUGUCGUCUGGGGGCGCUGGCGACGGGAUGAUGAACAUGUUAGUAUUGACAUGCAUGCAUGCAUCGCCGCCGCCGCAAAUGUAAAGCUGCUGCGCA